AUGAUUGGAGUCCAAACUUCACCAUUAAAGAACACGGACAUUUUUAAGCCCUUAAAAGUUGGUGAACACGUUUUAUCUAACAAAGUAGUCUAUGCACCAACAACCAGAUUGCGAGCAUUAGAGGAUUAUACACCUUCAGAUUUGACAUUGGAAUACUACAAUAAAAGAUCUAGGUACCCGGGAUCGUUGUUAAUUACUGAAGCGACACUUGUUUCUGAACAAGCGGGUUUAUAUGGUACCACCCCGGGAAUUUGGAACGAAAAACAAGUCAAAGAAUGGAAAAAGAUUGCUGACAAAAUUCAUGAAAACGGGUCAUUUGUCUCUAAUCAGCUUUGGUUUCAAGGUAGAGUUGGUGAUCCCCAAUUGUUGAGAGAUCAUGGAUUGGAUUUGGUUGCGCCUUCGGCGAUCUACCCAGACGACACUUCAAAGGAAAAAGCUGAAGCUGCAGGUAACCCAAUUAGAGCCUUAACAGAAAAAGAAAUUCAUGAAAUUAUUUAUGAUACGUAUACCAAUGCAGCUAAGAAUGCUAUUGCAGCUGGUUUCGACUAUAUUGAACUCCAUGCAGCCCACGGAUAUUUGCUUGAUCAAUUCUUGCAGCCAGCUACCAAUCAAAGAACCGAUAAAUACGGUGGUAGUAUCGAAAACAGAGCCAGAUUCGUUUUAGAAUUAGUUGACCAUUUAACUACUGUUGUUGGUGCAAAUAAGUUAGCUAUUAGAAUUUCUCCAUGGGCUAAAUUUCAAGGUAUGAAGGCUGAACAAGAUUCAACUCAUCCAAUCAUUACGUUUAGUUAUUUAUUGCACGAAUUACAAAAGAGAGCAGAUAACGGGAAUGAGCUUGCAUAUGUUUCAGUUAUCGAGCCAAGAGUAAACAACAAUAUUGACAUUGAUGUAUCACAACAAGCAGGCGAUAAUAUUUUUGUUGGACAGAUUUGGAAGGGUAUCAUCUUGAAGAGUGGUAAUUAUACUUAUGAUGCUCCUCAUUUCAACACUUUGCUUAACGAUAUUAGUGAUAAUCGUACGUUGGUCGGUUUUUCCAGAUAUUAUACAUCCAAUCCCGAUUUAGUCAAGAGAUUAUAUGAGGGUUGGGAUUUGACGCCAUAUGAUAGAGAUACUUUCUACACUACUAACAAUUGGGGUUAUAAUACUUGGAAUAAUUAUAAUGAAAACGACGAAAUCGAUAAGAAUUCCGAAGUUAAUAGAAAAGCUAAAGCUAUAGAAGAGGUUAAGGUUAAAUAG